AUGGUCAAGCCGCACCUUCGCCACUACUGCGUCGUCGGCCGCGAGACGCCGUCGGAGAAGAACCCCGAGCCGACCGUCUACAAGUUUGAGGUCUUUGCGCCCAACUUCGUCGUCGCCAAGAGCCGCUUCUGGCGCAUGAUGCGGAGCAAGAACAAGGUGAAGUCGACCCACGGCGACGUGCUCUCCUGCAAGGUGGUGAAGGACCGCAAGCUGGCGGCGCGCAACUACAGCGUCGACAUCGCGUACUACAGCCAGCGCUGCGGCUACACGCACAUGGUGAAGGAGUUCCGCGACGUCUGCAAGGCGGGGCGUGAGCCAGGCCUACCACGACCUCGCCUCCCGCCACCGGGCGCGGUACAGCAACAUUGA